CUUUAGUCAUCUUUUGACUGCAGUUAUAUCCACUGCUACUGAGAGGGACAUACACAAAACGAUUGAAGAUGGAUCCAGCACUAUUGAAAGAAAGGAAGGCGUUCUUAGAAAGAGCAAAAGCACAGCCAACUGUUGAAAAACGAAAGAAACCAAAACAUGAAAAUGAUGACAGAUCUGCCAAGAAAUCUAAAUCUUCUAAUUUUUCUCGACCAAAGCCUACAGAAAGUAUUAGUGCUCCAAAAACUAGCAGCUUUGACUACAAAAAAAUGCAAGGAAGUUCACAGUACAAGUUUGGUAUUCUAGCAAAAAUAGUGAAAUAUAUGCGAGACAGACAUCAGAAUGGUGAACGACAUGCUCUCACUAUAGAUGAAGUUCUUGAUGAAACAAAUCAGCUGGAUGUUGGAACGAAAAUGAGGCAUUGGCUUAUAACAGAAGCUUUACUUAGUAACCCAAAAGUAAAGGUGGUGGAUGGGGGACAGAAAUAUGUGUUUAGACCUACAUAUGAGAUAAAAGAUAGGAAAGGUUUCCUGAACCUACUCAAACGACAUGAUUUACACGGAAUGGGGGGAAUCCUUAAGGAAGAUAUAGAUGAGUCCUUUGGUACAACAAACACGGAGAAGGCUUUGAAAGCACUAGGUGAAAAUGUAGUUAUAGUAACACGACCAACAGAUAAAAAACAGGUGCUGUUUUACAAUGAUAAGUACUGUCGUUAUACAGUGGAUGAAGACUUUCGGAAAUUGUGGAGAGGUGUUUCUGUAGAUGGUUUGGAUGAGAAAAAGAUUGAGGAGUAUCUAGAUAAACAAGGUAUUACUUCAAUGCAGGACACAGGCUUAAGAAAAGCUGCUCCUAUACAAAAGAGGAAGAAAGGAGGAGGCAGAAAAACAUUUAAGAAGUUGAAUGAGCAUUUGGAAGGUGUUCUCGAGGAUUACUCAGAGAAACCCUAAACUAUCAUAAUAAUGUGACCCAUUUUAGAAGUGCAAGGGUUCCAGUAUCUCACUAAAAUUUUAAAAUAAAGGCCCAUUCUAAGCAGUUUGAUUGGCACAAGAUGUUAAGCCUAACCAAUCGCUAGGCUAUCUCUUUUUUUCAAAUUACAAAUAUGGUUACACCAAAGUCAAAUUAGGUCAACUUUACCUUACUUCUGCACAUUUCUGUUUGUCAGAGGCCUUGGGUAGAUAUAAUUUCAUAAUACUGCAAGUUGACAAGUUAAGUUUUUAAUUUCGUCACGGUAUGUAUAUAUACAAGUAUUGACUACAGAACCCUUGCACUCUGAAGAUGUUCACCCAAACACUGUGAUGAUAAUUGUCAUCAGUUUAAUAAAUUGAUUAAAAAAG